AUGCUCAAACGGAUCUCCCACAGAAAGUCGCGAAAGGGAUGCUCUAGCUGCAAGAGGAGACAUGUUAAGGGACCCGUUCCUCUCUCGUGUAUGCAGUGUGAUGAGACUGGACCGCCUUGCUCCAACUGCAAGAUCCGCGGCCUGGACUGCAACUACAAUGUCAUAAUAGACGGCACCAGGUCCAUCAGGCCCCGGCCCGCCAACAGCAGCUCGCCGGACAAUGUGCCGUCCGGGGCCGGCGCGCCGGCUGGAGACGCCGAGGAGCGCCGGCUGCUUGAGCUCGAGCUCAUCCACCGCUGGUCCACCCACACCUACAAGAGCAUGUGCUCCCUCAAAGAAGACGAGGAAUACGUACAGAACAUCCUGCCGCGCAAGGGUUACCAGCACGCCUUUGUCAUGGACACCAUCAUCGCCUUCACCGCCCUCGAAGUCGCGACGACCACUGCGCCCGCCGCUAACUCCAACACAUCUUCCCCAGUCGGCACGACGCCGACAACGACGACGGCAACACCAGGCUCGUCGUCCUCAUCACCAUCCACGGGGUCAGUCGGUGCCGUAGGAACCACGUCGCAGCAGCAAAGCCCCCCGACGUCGUCGGCGCCCUCGUCAAAGUACCUGCGCAUCGCGCUCGAGUACAACGACCGCGCGAGCGCCGGCUUCCGCGCCAACCUGUCCAACAUCACAAAGGACAACAUCUCGCUGCUCUACAUCUGCUCGGGGCUCGUGCUCGUCAUCAACAUCGCCAUCCCGCAGUGCCUCGAGCUGCACGGCUUCGAGCGCCAGAGCACGCUCGCCAACGCCGCGCGCAUGUUCGACCUGCUCAACGGCAUGCUCGUCAUCGCCUUCGCCGACUUUGACACGCUCAUGAGCAGCGACUAUGCCCCCUCGCUGCAGGCGGCCCUGGCGCUCGGCACGGCGGACCCGCGCGAGCACCUGGCGCAGGAGACGAUCGACGCGCUGGCCCUGCUGCACCCCGUCAACGACCGGAACUCGGAGCUGCUGGGCGAGCAGGCGCAGCGCGACAACGACGAGAGGCCUCCCGCGGAGCGCAACCCCACGCACGAGGAGUACAAGGAGAUGGUCAAGUUCAUCGUCAUCUGCUUCGCCGAGGACAGGCGCGACGCCAUCAAGGGGUACUGCCUCGGCUUCCCGGCCUUCUGCGGCCCGCCCUUCCCGCGCGCCAUCAAGGAGCGGGAGCCGAUGGCGCUCUUCUUCCUGCUCUACUGGGCCGUCCUGCUGCACAACCUCGGCGCCAUGGCCUGGUGGGCGAGGUCGGUGGGGAGGAGGAUGGCCGAGGAGAUCUCGGACAUCCUGCGGCGGUCCGGGCUGUACAUGGCGUCGCCCGAGGGCAGGCAGGCUGUCGCGUGGGUGCGGAGGCAGGUCGACUUGCCGGACUUGCCGGACUCGCCGGGGGUGGAGGGCUGA